AAAAGGGAGGGGAGGAGGGGGGGCAAGGAAGGAAGAAGUGAAGAGAUCCCCUCCGCUUGCCAAAGUCUUUGUCUCCGGAUGAACAGCGAUGGGGGAAUGGACUAUUCUAGAGAGGCUACUGGAGGCUGCCGUGCAGCAGCAUUCUACUAUGAUAGGGAGGAUCCUGCUGACCGUGGUGGUGAUCUUCAGGAUCCUCAUUGUGGCCAUUGUAGGGGAGACGGUGUACGAUGACGAGCAAACUAUGUUUGUCUGUAACACGCUGCAGCCAGGCUGCAACCAGGCUUGUUACGACCAGGCUUUCCCUAUUUCUCAUAUAAGGUACUGGGUGUUCCAGAUCAUCAUGGUGUGCACUCCCAGCCUUUGCUUCAUAACAUACUCCGUUCACCAGUCUGCUAAGCAGAGGGAACGGAGGUACUCCACUGUCUUCCUCGCCUUGGAGAGGGACCAGGAUUCAAUGAAGCGUGAGGACAGUAAGAAAAUCAAGAACACGAUUGUCAAUGGGGUGCUACAGAAUACUGAGAACUCCACCAAAGAGGCAGAACCAGACUGCUUAGAAGUUAAGGAAAUCCCUAAUCCUGCUAUCAGAACUACAAAGUCAAAGAUGAGGAGGCAAGAAGGCAUUUCUCGAUUUUAUAUCAUCCAAGUGGUCUUUCGAAAUGCCCUAGAGAUCGGAUUCUUAGUGGGACAGUAUUUUCUGUAUGGAUUCAAUGUCCCUUCCAUGUAUGAAUGUGACAGAUACCCUUGCAUUAAAGAAGUAGAGUGCUAUGUCUCUAGACCCACUGAGAAGACUGUGUUCUUGGUGUUCAUGUUUGCUGUCAGUGGGAUUUGUGUGGUGCUCAAUUUGGCAGAACUGAACCACUUGGGCUGGAGAAAGAUCAAAAUGGCAGUGAGAGGAGUACAGGCAAAAAGGAAAUCCAUAUACGAAAUCAGAAAUAAGGACCUGCCAAGAAUGAGCAUGCCUAACUUUGGCAGGACUCAGUCAAGUGACUCAGCUUAUGUGUGAGGCUGUGACAGAACUGAAGCACUGUGCCAGGUGGAACAGACCCAGACACCGUUAGGGAAAGGUACAUUGCUUAGGCAAGCAUUUUAUCAAACCACCAAGAAAGCCAUUAAGGUAUUGGAUCUGCACUUACUGAACUAGCUGCAAAAUGCAGUGCUAUGUAAAAGACUGAAAAAACAGCUAUAAACCCAUGCUUGAUCUAGCCUUACAGCACAGCCACUAUUCCUACU